CAAAGUGAACUUUAGGAUUGUCUGACUAAUUAGAAAGGAAGGGCAAAGUGAGCUGGGUACUGAUGACAAUGGGGUCAAAUGUAAUAACAGUACUGCACCUUCUUUGGUCAAGUGAGUAUGUAGAUAUGUUGCUUUUCAAUGAUAAACAUUUGAAAUUUACAUAAUAUUGUAAUGAAAUAUUACAAAACAUUUACUGACAUUUCUCCUAAAUCAGCUUCUAUUUUAUUUUAUUUUAUUUUAUUUUUAGUUUCUUCUUUUUGGUAGCGUGAGAGUUGUGUCAGCUGACAGAAGAGAUGGAUGAAGCCAAUCACUCUACGGUAUAUGAGUUUGUGUUCCUGGGACUUUCCAAUUCCUGGGAAAUCCAGCUCCUCCUAUUUUUCUUUUCCUCUAUGUUCUACUUGGCCAGCCUGAUGGGAAACCUCCUCAUUGUGCUAGCUGUGACCUCUGAUGCUCGUUUACAGUCUCCCAUGUACUUUCUACUGGCCAACCUUUCCAUCAUUGACUUGAUAUUCUGUUCUUCCACAACGCCCAAGAUGAUCUACGAUCUUUUAAGAAAGCACAAAACCAUCUCUUUUGCAGGCUGUAUCACUCAAAUCUUUUUUAUCCAUGCAGUUGGGGGCACUGAGAUGGUGCCCCUCAUAGCCAUGGCCUUUGACAGGUAUAUUGCCAUAUGUAAGCCUCUCCAUUACCUAACCAUCAUGAGCCCAUUCAGAUGCGUUUUAUUUUUAGUUACUUCCUGGAUGAUUGGCAUUAUUCAUUCAGUGACUCAGUUGGCUUUUGUUGUAGACUUGCCUUUCUGUGGGCCUAAUGAAUUAGACAGCUUUUUUUGUGACCUUCCUCGAUUUAUUAAACUUGCUUGCACAGAGACUUAUGCAUUGGGAUUCAUGGUUACUGCAAAUAGUGGCUUUAUUUCUGUGAUCACCUUUUUAAUUCUGAUCAUCUCUUAUGUUUUUAUUUUGGUGACUGUUCAGAAAACAUCUUCAGUUAGCAUAUCCAAGGCCGUCUCCACUCUGUCAGCUCAUGUUGCUGUGGUGGUUCUAUUCUUUGGGCCACUGAUCUUUUUCUAUAUAUGGCCAUUUCCCAUAUCACAUAUGGAUAAGUUUCUUGCCAUCUUUGAUGCAGUUAUCACUCCUUUUCUAAAUCCAGUCAUCUACACUUUUAGGAAUAAAGAGAUGAAGGUAGCAAUAAAGAGACUAUGCACUCAGUUUAUAAAGUACAGUGAAAUAUCUUAA